GGGGGAAGAGGAGGGCGGCAGUAGCGGUGAAUUUGGGGGCAGGGUGGGGGGGCGUCACUCGCAGCCCCAGGUGCUGCUGGCGCUGGGAACCGCUUUGUCUCCGGGACGCAGCCGGUUAGUGGUUUCGAGGCGCCGAGGACAGUCCUGGGUGGUGAGGGAAGAAGCAGGACCCGCCGCAAGCCACACGCCAAAGAAAAGCACAAGAAAUAAAGAAACUUUUGCACUCAUUGUUAAUUCGGCUAAUGUGCUGAUCCCCGAAAUCAAAGUAAAGUGAAGCUGCUGAAGCUCAGAAGCUGAUUCUGUCACAUUCUAAGAUGCCUUCAGAAGAUUCUCCGCACUGCCUAAAUCAGUCUUUAGAGAUUGGUGAAUUUCACUAGAUGUCACCAGUCUUCAUUUUGAACUCAGAAUUCUGAGAUUGAUGGUUGGUCAUAUAGAAGAAGCCCUUGAACCUAUAGUUUUCUGAAAAAUCAGUUCAAAAGACUGAAAAAGUACAAAGGAGAAGUACAAAUGUCUACCACAAGACGAAAACGUAGUGUGUUAUGUUGUUUACCAUAAGCUGUAGUAAAAUGAGCUCGAUUGUUGACAGAGAUGACAGUAGUAUUUUUGAUGGGUUGGUGGAAGAAGAUGACAAGGACAAAGCCAAAAGGGUAUCUAGAAACAAAUCUGAAAAGAAACGUAGAGAUCAAUUUAAUGUUCUCAUUAAAGAACUGGGAUCCAUGCUUCCUGGAAAUGCUAGAAAGAUGGACAAAUCUACUGUUUUGCAGAAGAGCAUUGACUUUUUACGCAAACAUAAAGAAAUCACUGCACAGUCAGAUGCUAGUGAAAUUCGACAAGACUGGAAACCUACAUUCCUUAGUAAUGAAGAGUUUACACAAUUAAUGUUAGAGGCUCUUGAUGGUUUUUUUUUAGCAAUCAUGACAGAUGGAAGUAUAAUAUAUGUGUCUGAGAGUGUAACUUCAUUACUUGAACACUUACCAUCUGAUCUUGUAGAUCAAAGUAUAUUUAAUUUUAUCCCAGAAGGGGAACAUUCAGAGUUUUAUAAAAUACUCUCUACCCAUCUGCUGGAAAGUGAUUCAUUAACUCCUGAAUACUUAAAAUCAAAAAACCAAUUGGAAUUCUGUUGUCAUAUGCUUCGAGGAACAAUAGACCCAAAGGAGCCAUCUACCUAUGAAUAUGUGAGAUUUAUAGGAAAUUUCAAAUCUUUAAACAGCGUUUCCACUUCAGCACAUAAUGGUUUUGAAGGAACCAUACAGCGCACACAUAGGCCUUCUUAUGAAGAUAGAGUUUGUUUUGUAGCUACUGUCAGGUUAGCUACACCUCAGUUCAUCAAGGAAAUGUGUACUGUUGAAGAACCCAAUGAAGAAUUUACAUCUAGACAUAGUUUAGAAUGGAAGUUUCUAUUUCUAGAUCACAGGGCACCACCAAUAAUAGGAUAUUUGCCAUUUGAAGUUCUGGGAACAUCAGGCUAUGAUUACUAUCAUGUGGAUGACCUAGAAAAUCUGGCAAAAUGUCAUGAGCACUUAAUGCAAUACGGGAAAGGUAAAUCAUGUUAUUACAGGUUCCUGACCAAAGGGCAACAGUGGAUUUGGCUUCAAACUCAUUAUUAUAUCACUUAUCAUCAGUGGAAUUCAAGGCCGGAGUUUAUUGUUUGUACACACACUGUAGUAAGUUACGCAGAAGUAAGGGCUGAAAGACGACGAGAACUUGGUAUUGAAGAGUCUCUUCCUGAGACAGCUGCUGACAAAAGCCAAGAUUCUGGGUCUGAUAAUCGAAUAAACACGGUCAGUCUCAAAGAAGCAUUGGAAAGGUUUGAUCACAGCCCAACCCCUUCUGCCUCCUCCCGGAGUUCAAGAAAAUCAUCUCACACAGCAGUCUCAGACCCUUCCUCAACACCAACAAAGAUCCCAACGGAUACUAGCACUCCUCCCAGACAGCAUUUACCAACUCAUGAAAAGAUGGCACAAAGGAGAUCAUCAUUUAGUAGUCAAUCCAUAAAUUCCCAGUCUGUUGGUCCUUCUUUAACACAGCCAGUGAUGUCUCAAGCUGCAAAUUUACCAAUUCCACAAGGCAUGUCUCAGUUUCAGUUUUCAGCUCAAUUAGGAGCCAUGCAGCAUCUGAAAGACCAGUUGGAGCAACGGACACGGAUGAUAGAGGCAAAUAUUCAUCGACAACAAGAAGAACUAAGGAAAAUUCAAGAACAACUUCAAAUGGUCCAUGGUCAGGGGCUGCAGAUGUUUUUGCAACAGUCAAACCCUGGAUUGAAUUUUGGUUCUGUUCAACUUUCUUCUGGAAAUACAUCUGCUAUCCAGCAGCUCACAUCUAUAAAUAUGCAAAGCCAGGUUGUUCCUGCCAACCAGAUUCAAAGUGGAAUGAGUGCUGGACACAUGGGCACAAGUCAGCACCUGAUGCAACAACAGACUUUACAAAGUACAUCAACUCAGCAAAGUCAACAGAGUGUACUGAGUGGGCACAGUCAACAAACAUCUCUUCCCAGUCAGACGCAGAGCGCUCUUACGGCCCCACUGUAUAACACGAUGGUCAUCUCUCAGCCUGCACCCGGGAGCAUGGUCCAGAUUCCAUCCAGCAUGUCACAGAACAGCACCCAGGGUGGUGCAGUAACCACAUUCACUCAGGACAGACAAAUAAGAUUUUCUCAAGGUCAGCAACUUGUGACCAAAUUAGUGACUGCUCCUGUAGCUUGUGGAGCAGUCAUGGUACCUAGUACUAUGCUUAUGGGUCAGGUGGUGACUGCCUAUCCUACUUUCACCACACAACAGCAGCAGGCACAGACUUUGUCGGUGACACAGCAGCAACAACAGCAGCAGCAACAACAGCAGCAGCAACAGCAACAGCAGCAGCAGCAGCAGCAGCAACAACAACAGAGUUCCCAGGAGCAGCAGCUUCCUUCAGUUCAGCAACCAUCUCAGGCUCAGUUGACCCAUCCACCACAGCAGUUUUUACAGACUUCUAGAUUGCUCCAUGGGAAUCCCUCAACUCAGCUCAUCCUCUCUGCUGCAUUUCCACUACAGCAGAGCACCUUCCCUCAGUCACAUCACCAGCAACACCAGUCCCAGCAACCGCAGCAACUUGGUCGUCAUAGGACUGACAGUUUGACUGAUCCUUCUAAGGUUCAACCGCAGUAGCACACAUGCUUCCUCUCUGAUGCCAAGGGAGGAAGGAGAUGACCCAGAAAGAGCUGCUCAGAUAACCUAAGGAUAGGAGAAGUUCCAGCAGUUUCAUGCAAUGCAGUAUUGAAUGUUCUAGUUCGUGGAUUAGUGGCAGGGAAAAUGCUGCCUAGUGAUAUAGAUGUACAUUAAAUACCAGCCAGCAGGAAGACGAUUGUAGGGACAUAGCCAAUUCUGACAGUGUUUCAGUUGCCCGGAUAUUUUUGAUGGAAAGAGUGUAUUGCCAAACAUUAAGGAGCUCAGCUAUGAAAUGAUCUCCAGUGAAUGCAAAAGGCAUUAACAAUGUUAGUAACUUCUGGUGGUUCUGUGCCUGUUACCUAGUGUUACCAAGGACACAUCACUGCGCUGGGUUUGCUUACAAUGAUGCCAUGAAGAUAAUCCAGGAGUCAAGUGUCCCUCACCCCAGUCACUCUCCCUUUUCACGUGAUGAUGGAAGUGUGAUUACUUUCAGAAUGUUGUGUAGGUUCAAAGUCUGUAUGUAUAGAUACUGUAAAAAUAUGUAUAUGCCUGGGUGAAGGAGAGAAAGCAAACCAUUGUGUGUGCUGCAUGAAAGCAUUGACUCUUCUUAUGAGUACAUUUCAUUAGACUACCGCACCAUGUACAAACUGAUACAUCAGCCUCUGUUUUUCCUUUUGUUUACAACACAGUAGUAUUCUAUUCACUUUUCCAGGGCACAAGUCUUUUUGUUCAUACUUUGGCUGUGAUGUCACAGUUUGUUCAGUGAGGUAUGAUGUGCUGCUGGGAAUGAAUCUUUUCUUUUUUUCAGGUUAAAUUAUUGAUACAACAGAUUUUCAAGUUAUUCAUAAAUAUCCCUCAUUUCAUUAUUUUUCAGUUAUGUUUGAAAAUAGGAUUUGCACUGCUUUACUUUAGGUGGUUGAGAGUUUGAUCACAUUUUUUGAUGUAUUUCAUAGUUCGAAAUAUUUAUGUAAAUGGUUUUCAGCAAGCCUGAAAGUAAUUUCAAGAAUGUUUCAGUUAUAGGAGUCAAGUUUGCACACAAAAGAUUUAGGCACUUUUUAACAUUCUCAAUGGUGAGAAUUUUAACUUUUAAGAUUUGUUGGAAUCUUUUUAUUAUCCUUCACAAUUUCAGUGCUUCUUUUAGUCAGAAAUAAUUCAGGGUUAUUUGAGGGGGGGGGACCCAUAGUGCCUUGAUUUUAAUUCAGGUGAUAACUCACCAUCUUGAACUCAUUGUCUGGUUGCAGUAGCAGCUUUGAAACCUUAGUACAUUUUUAACAGCAUGUGGGUGUCCAUGUCAUUAUUCUCCUAAGUUCCUAUGAAGGCUGCUGUGAGUCUUUUGAACUGGAGUACAAAUAACUUAGAAAAUAAAAUAAGACAGCCUAACGCUGUCACAGUUACUAAUGUGAUCCCUAAAUUAGUAUCUUCCUUUAAAGCUAAAUCAUCACUUGAAUAUUUACUCAAUAUGAUCUUGAUAUUCCUACAGAAGAGGGGUAAGAAUUGGCUUUGCCUUUGCUUCAACACCAGGAUAUUUAUAACUCACAUGCUUUCUAAACGUGCACUAAGAUUUCAUUUGGCAGUAUUACAUUUUAAAUGUAAUAAAUCCCAACACAAGUUAUAUAUAUUUUAAAAAGCGUUUUUUAGAUUUUAUGGUACUAAUAAUGAAAUUUACAACUAUAGAUCAAAAGAUUAGGAAAAUUCCUUAUUCAAAUAUAGAAAACUAUUACUGAUAAAAGGGAGAAUAAGCAUAAGAAACCAAAAUUGGUCUACGGCCAUCCCACCCUGAACACACCCAAUCUUGUCUGAUCUCAGAAACUAAGCAGGGUCAGGCCUGGUUAGUACUUGGAAGGGAGAAACCAAAUUGACUUAAGAAAAUGGAUAACAGAGUUGAGGUUGUUAAAUAGAAAAGGUUUUGAGCAAUGAAAAAUGGUAAUGCGGAAUGCUAAAGGGCUUGGGAAUGCUGAGUCAAUUUUUUGUCUUGUUUUUCUAUUUAAAAAACCUAUUUCUAGUCAAUUAAAUUAGAAAAUAAAUUAGACAAAACAACCAAAGAAAAUUGUUACCUACCCUCCUCACAAAAGAAGUGUUGCUAGAUACCAGUCACUAAUUAACAUACUGUGGAGGUAUUAUUCUAGCUAAAUGAUUACCCAGAAGAUUCCCAACAGUCCUGUGAAUACCAAGAAUAGUUGUCAGGAUGCAUGUACCUGAGCAUACAGACAAACAGAUGUAAAAUACUGCAACAGCAUUGCUUUUCUCCCCUUCCAAAUUGCCUUUCUCAACCAUAUGCUAUUCCUUAUAAUGUACAUUUGAGUUGUGCCUCAUUUAUUUGUUGGCAGUCUCUAGUGAUAGGGAUUUAGCUAACAAAAAAGAUAUGACGAAGCAUUAUAUUAAGGUUUAUCCUCUUAAGUACCAUACUUAGAAGAAAGAUCACGAACUGUGAAUACUGUGUGCUUAACAAAAGCAAUGCCCAACCCAAGCCAAAAGGUAAAUUACUAUACACUCACAUUCUACUACCCCUACCCCCUUCAAAUAAUUUCCAUCUUCACAGGUAUUUUGAAAUUCGGAAUUUAAACAAAAUUGGGAAAUUUAAACAAAAUUUUUCUUUAUAAUUUUUGUUCUUCACAGCUCAUUUUUCCCCAUUUUAUAUUAAUGUUGCUAAAUUUUUAAAAAACUAGCUCCUUUUUCUUCGCUGUCUGUGGAGAAUUGUGUUGAAAAGCCAGUCAUCAACUGCCUCUUCUUUACCUUUGGUUUCCUCUUGCUUCCGGUAAAUUUGAGUUGCAAAGUUGUCCCUGCCCUCCCUCCCAUGAAGUGAGCAUUUAGAUGAAGAUUCAGCAGUUGUUUGUUCUUCAUUCAUUUCUGUAGCCAAAGUUAAUUAAAAUCCCAAAUCUAAAGCAUAAAAAGAUACCAAAUAGGAACUUUUCAGCUUUUCUCUCUGCUUUACUCUCAAAGGAUUCAGUUGUUCUUAGAAACAUUUUAUUCUGGGUGACACUUUAAAGGAAAAAUGCUAGCUGUGAUACAGUUAGUUACCUUGCUUUGGACUGCUAAGGCCCUGGAUCAGUCAGCAUUACUUGACAAAUAUGAGACCUGCAAGGAUUAAUAAUGUUGCUGCUGAGAGCAGUGUCAAACCAGAACUUAAGACACUUGAGUAUUUUUUUUUCCUUAGUCGAAAAUAUGGGAGGAAAACCAGAUGUGGUGGAUGAGGGUAGCAUGUUAAGUACUACCAUUUCAAACUUCAUCCUCAAUUCAGGGGGUAAUUUUAGAGUGCUGUACUCUGCUUUGUCAGUUAGAUGUGGCUGAGGACUAUACUAGUCAUAAAAGGAUGCCAGUGAAUUUGAAUUGCUUAUUACAGUGCAGAAUACUGAAAGUUUAUUUGAAUUCUUUAGAUGUGCUAUGUAGUGGUCAUUGCCUUAAAGCAGUCUCUUAAAGUCAGUUAGGAGCACUGAAGCAGUUCAGCUCUAUAAAGGGCAUUGUGUUGACGGGAGAUGAACCCUUGGUUCAAGAAGCCUUAGAAAGGAACCCUUAAAAUAGUCUACACAGGUGGGAAUUCUUUUCAACUGGAUAUUACUCCAUGUGUCUGAAAAUGUUUCCACUAUGUUGAGGCAAACUUUUAAGUGGAAUGCAGAUGGCGUUUUUACUUUUGUAUGUCUCUCUUUUCAAUUUGGUGAUUGAAGGUUUGUUGAACAUUUGUGUAAAACUCAUUCAAAUCUAUAACCUUUCUGACAUCUGUGGCCCUGUUGUUAGUCCCGCAGGAAUCCACAGACGGUAUAAACACUGGAUAUUAAUAUUGCUGAGUGCAUCUAGCCAGGUGUAAGCUGAUUGGAACUUUUCAGUGGUGAAGAAACAGCACAAAGGCACUUGCCAUUUUAAUAGUACAAUAAUUAGAGAAAGGAGACCUUUUAAGUUUGGAUUGGGUGAGCAUUCUUCUAAAAGGAGCCUCUGAAGUAAUUGCAAAGGAAAAGAGUUGACUAUUUUUAUAGCAUAUUUAAUAUAUUUGUAUAUAACCAUGAGUAUAGUAGGACCCCUCCACAUACCUCCCUCUUUUCUAAUAUCCUCCUCCUUUUGCCAUAGCCCUAGUAUAGCCUCAUCCGCAUGGGUAAUGUGCCUAUCGUCAGCCUACCAAAAGAUAGUGCUGCUGCUUUUUGAGACAGGUGAGAAGACCAGAAUCUCAUGCCUGGGGAUCCUUUAUGGGAGGUAUAGCACACACUUAAAACAACAUACCACAGUCUAAAAGCAUCAUUUUGAAAGGUAACAUGCACUUUAUUGCAAUUAUUCAUUUUGAUAAAGUUUAUUAUCUUAGGCAUUAACCAUUUCUAAAGGAUCCCCAAAUCAUCACUUAGGUGAAAUUAUAAACUGACACAUUUCUGAGAAAUGUUUAGAUCCAGUGAACCAUAGUAGGUUUAUGGGAGUGAUUUCAUGGUAGCCAAAUGAACUCUUGUUUUGAAUGUGGUGGAGUCGAGACUGUAGAUGCCUAGUUCCAUUUAAACACUAUUGUAAACCUAUCUUGCCUAUUGUGUGGACACCAAAAGAAACCAAUGAGCCUGUUUAUUUUCAGAGGUCUAGGAAAAUUGCAUCCAUGUGAGUAGAUGUACAGAAUUAAUCUAAAAGUGAUUGGUAGUAAUAUUUAGAAUAAUUUCAAGAAUUAUUGAGUGUUUUAAAUGUGCCCUGAAAUGUUGGCAUGUCAUUUCAGCAUUUCCAUUUGACUGCUCUUAUAAUAUUUUUGCACAAAAAGGACUGAGAUUUCUACUUUGGUUGAAGAAAAAAUACAUAAUUUGGUCUUAUUUUAAUGUCUCCUGUGGAAACACUAGGGAUGAAUUUUGUUGGUAUAGUUAUUAAUUCAGGAUAUUUAAAAGUGUUUGAACAGAUUACAAGAAUUAAGCAAACUUGGAUAUUUAAAAAUUAAAAUACUUUUUUUUUCCAUGUGACUGUUUUGCAUUUUUUCCCCAUUGUCAUAACACUACAUUCCUUGUUUUUCUUAAAUAAUACUUUGCAGGUUUUGAGUAUUUAACAAUGUUUUGUAAGCUGCCUGGGUUUUCCCAGGGAAAUGUUCUUUAGUGAAAUAGGAAUCGUUACAUAGUUUCUGAGACUAUUAAGUGAAAUUCUAUCACCACCACCAGCAAACACUGAGGUGCUGCAUUAAGUGACAAUCAAAAUAGUAUUUAUGACAGAAUAUAGAAAGUGGUUGAAAGCAGUUCUCUGGGUUUAAUAAAAUGGCUAAAUAUAUUUAUUUAUAUUUUUAAAUAUCUUUGCAUUUUUCUCGGUGAUUUCAGCGUUGUGUAUUUAAUUUGUGGUUUUGUUUUGCAUCAUCUUAUAUUUGGAGAACUGAUUCUUACUUGGGGUGGACCCGCCCUUUUGCUGACUCCAAGAACAAUCCAAAUCUGUUUCAUGUCAGGAUGGCAAUGGAGGGCCCAAAUCCAGAUGUCCCUGCACCUUCCUCCCAUUCUCAAUUCAUUUGAGAAAAGAAUUUUAAAAGGUAACUUCUUUAAACUCUGCUUCACACAGCUCCAACCUUUGUUCUGUUUUCACUUGCUGCCUUCUCUAUUUUAUGGGCACUUUUAAUGUAACUGAAUGAGUUAUAUCAGUUUUUAUAUCAGUACUUCUCCAACACAGCCGAAGGCCAGUAUGGCAGAACCAGUGUGGCACAUGUCGCCUCAGUUUUGCCCAUUUGGGGAAAUGUUAGUAAAAUAAUGGUUGUCAUUAUCAUAUCCAUAUUAAAGUCCUUAUAGAUGGGAUACAUACACACUGGAAACUUACAGAAAGUUUGCUGUCUUUAUACAGUUGUAGUGGUAUUCUUUUAAAACAAAACAAAACCUCCAUACAUAGCACUGUCCAAUAAAGCAGUGAUUGAGCAUUUGAAGCCUAGACAUUUGAAGAUCUUUCUGCUCACACACAUUGGAACCUAAUCCUCUAUUUCAGAGCUCCCAGAGUAGCUCUGGAGUCCCACAGGCGAGGUAAAACACACAGAAGGAUCCCUCAGAGAAUGGUAACUAAAACACAACAACCACAGGUUAGAUUUAAGGAUGUAAAAAAUGUCUAACUCUGAAGGUUUUACUGGAAGAAAUGCUGUUUUCAAAUAUAUGCAUUUAAAUCUCUGAAGAAACAAACUGUGACAUUGCUUUAAGUAAUGUUUAUUUUGAGUUGGUCUGUACUGGUACUAGGUCACUGCUGGCAGUGGCUGUAUGAGUACUAUGAAGUUAAAAUGUAGGAAAAGCUGUUACCUUCAAAUUGAUGUGUCAUAACUUGACAAUCAUCUUCAAGCAAAAAAAGAUACAUCAUCCAGAAAAUGUCCUUUUUUAAAAUGUCAGCCUGAACAGCUAUAAUUUAAACCAUUCUAGGACUAUGUUGAAAUCUACUGUACUAUGGUUUAAGUUGGGGAAAGGUCUCAGUAUGAUACUUUCAUAUUCACUCUAUGUAAAAAUUGAAGCCCAAAGACAAGUUAAAUCAGUGCUGUAUUGAAGUUAGUGCAAAAAAAGAAAGUUUUAUCUUUGUAAAUUUUUAAUUGUUAACAGCAAUUGGUAGUUGUAAAAAUAUACACCAAAUUCUUUCUAAUGUUCUGCGUGGUUCUUAAGUGUGCUAUUCUUGACGCUGCUGUCCUUACUGCUUGGUUCUUGAUUUUAAAUUAAAAAGUAGGUGUAGCCCGUCAUUCUUUCCAAAGUGUGGAGCUGUAAAUGGCUACUGACCCUGAGAUAAGGCUUUUUUCUUCCUAAAGCAAACAAUUGAAAUCUAAUUUACAGAAAUAAGCACUGGCAUUUUUCAAGUAUUCUGCCAAAAUCCUAAAUUGCAUUUAAACAUGAAGGAUAAUGAAUGGUUUUAACGGUGCUAUAUUAGGUUCUCUGAUUUUUAUGAGCUGUUUGGAAAUAUAAUAGUGUAUAAAAUAUGUGGCUCAUUUUGUUACCAAUUUAAUAUUGUCAUUUAAAUUUAGUUACCAUUGGUUAAUCUUGUUUUUCAAGCUAUCCUUUGAGAAGAAAGUCAAAAUGUGUUAUUAGCCUACCUCCACUUGGGCCUCUUGCUGUAUGAUCACCUUUCCAGGUUUUGAUGUGCAUAGCUUUUAAAAUAUCUAUGUACUAUUAUAAUGCUCUUUCCCCAUAGACUCUUGUAAUGUAUUCAAAACCUAAAAUUAUAGCAAAAAGAGCCAAGCAGUAGCAUUGUGGGGUUUUUUGUAAAUGUAAAAAUACUUAGAUCCAGACUUUGUUUCCUUCAAUUUUAAAAAUAAAAAAUACCUCAGUGCUAUGUUUUUCAGUAUCACCUGCAUUUCUCCAAAAGUAACACCUGCUUUAUGUGGCACAUAACUUGUAAGAAUCACAUUUUGGAUUUUAAAGAAAGACUAUUAAAUAUUUUAAAAUCACUAUCAA